AUGAGUUUCACUGAUGGAAGUUACUUGAAGACACAUGAGAAAACUCACAAAGACGAUAAACUGUACUAUUGUCCUGACUGUGGGAAGGGUUUCAAUCAUAUAAGUAACAUGAAAAGACAUCAGCUCAUCCACAAAGAGGAAAAGCCACAUUACUGCACAGAAUGUGGAAAGGGUUUCAAUCGCUUAAGUAGCUUAAAAGUGCACCAACUCAAUCACACGGGAGAGAAGUUGUUUUCAUGUACGGAGUGUGGCAAGAGCUACAGUAUUCUGAAAUACCUGAAAAUACAUCAGCGAACACACUCAGGCGAGAGACCAUAUCCUUGCUCUGAGUGUGGAAAGAGUUUCAGUCGAUUUAAUAACUUGAAGAGGCAUCAGCUAAUUCACACAGGGGAGAAACCGUUCUCUUGCACUGACUGUGAGAAGAGUUUCAAUCAGUUAAGUAGCUUGAAAACACAUCGGCUUAUUCACACGGGAGAGAGGCUGUUUUCCUGCACCGAGUGUGGGAAAAGUUUUACUCAUUUAAGGAACUUGAAAGACCACCUACAAAUACACAAAGGAGAGAAACCAUACUCCUGUACAGAGUGCGGGAAGUGUUUCAAUAGACUGGAUAACUUUAAAUCACAUAAGCUAAUUCACACAGGAGAGAGGCCGUACUCUUGCACCGAGUGUGAGAAGACUUUCAAUAAAUUAAGCAGCUUAAAAAGACAUCGCACAACUCACACAGGAGAGAAAUUAUAUUCUUGUCCCGAUUGUGAGAAGAGCUUCAGCCAAUUAAGUAGCUUAAAAAGACAUUGCCUUAUUCAUAGGAGGGAGAUUGCAUUCUUGCAGCGUAUGUGGGAUGAGAUACAGUCAGUCAAGUAACAAAGA